AUGAGCUCGGUUGAGGAAUUCGGCGGCACCGAGGACGAAUUCGAUACGAUUGACCUGUCAGAAAACAUGAUUAUCAAGCUUGGGAACGUUCCUUGUCUGAAUCGCUUAGGAACUCUAGUUGCUAGUCACAACAGAAUCAACCACAUCUGUUCAAAUAUUGGUGAACUUCUACCAAAUCUGCAUACAUUAGUGCUCAUGAACAAUGAUAUCACAAGUCUUGCGGAGAUUGACCCUCUUGCUGCUCUCCCAAAGCUGAAAUCUCUCUACUUAUUAGAGAAUCCUGUCACUGAGAAGCCAGAUUACAGGUUUUAUGUGAUCCACGGGUUGAAACAUUUGAUGUCACUGGACUUCGAGAAAGUGAAACCACAGGAGAGAACCACAGCAGCACAUAAGUUCCACUCAAAGGAGGCACAGGAAGAGGUAAAGAAGACAUUUGCCAAAGCUUAUACUCCAAUGAAGCCAGUGGGUGCUCAAUAUAUAACAGAGAAGUCAUGCCCUAAAGCAGUCUCUCCAACCACGCUCUGGCUUACUGCUCUGAAAGCUGCUAUUCUGAGCUAUCAGACACUCAAGGAAAUUGGCAAGAUCAAAACUGUAUUGAGCACUGGCCAGAUGGCUGCUGAAUUUGCUUCCUUCAAGCCUGACAUUGAUAUGGCUGAAGCCUUGGAGAAAACUGACAAGAUAAAGGGUCAGAAUCACGAGAAUAGGGCUGAUGAGCAGAUGCCAGAUGAAGAAAGCACCCUAAUUCAAGAGCUCGGCAUCUGCCUCGACAUAGUUAGCUACUCAAGGUGCAUCAUGCUCGAGAUCGCUGGGGAGGACGGCCUCACACCCGCUUCAGAGAGGACGUACGACAUUUCAGUCAACCCAAUUUCCUACUGCAUCCUCCAGCGGCGUCCAGAUUAUGGGCUUCAAGCCUCCAAGUACCGGACCAUUGAAGAGUUUGACUUGGCCAUUAGACUGCGGAUGAGCUACUGA